AUGCUGGAGCUCCUCCUCGUCGCACUUGGCGUCACGGCCUCUGCUCUUGUCACUCUGUGGCUCCUCCGCACCUUUAAUCGAGUCGCACAUAACGUCAGCAAAGCCUCAACUUCCACAGUCAGUAGCGACGACGACAUUGACAUUUCUGCGGCGUCUCCACUCCGUGUGGACGUCAGUUCUGACCACGACGAGCGCGGGGCACUGCUGCCCAAACUCGUGGACCUGCUGCGGUCGCCACGGCGCAAAGGGGCGACUACGACGCAUCCGAAACCUGUGGUGAUGAUGCGUUCCGUCACGGGACCCGCUCGGUCUGUAUCGCUGACACUGUCGCUCGGCACUGCGACGGGAGCAAAGCAGUCGCAUCACGUGCCUGUAAGAAGAGUCCACGUGCCUCAUUUCUAUCCACUGCUGGACGAGACGGCAGAGUGGUGGCGGACGCAGCAGUGUCCAGCGGAGGGAGAGACGUGUGAACCGGUGCAAGAAGAGGGGCCGGACGCAGAUGUCGUUGGGCUGGAAGACAGCAGCGCGGUGAUGUGGCAGCACUGUUGA